CCGGACCUGGUUUUAGAUUUUUUCUCUGGUAAUAAUUAUUGAAUAUAAUUUUCUACGAAAAAAUCAUAAGAUGGAUGUAAAUAAAAUGCUAUACUUUAUAACACCACAAGGAGAAACAACAGAAAAUAAAAAUUCAAAUAUACAGGGAUCAUCACGGAUUCAAAGCGGAGCACAGGGUUCAAGAAAUAAGUUCGACUUAUCAAGUACUUAUGAACAGUACAUUCGCCCGUUAAAAGAAAAUGGAGUUGAUAAGGAGCCUACAUAUUUUCCAUACAUCAGCAAACUUCCUGGUAAAGUGAAGAUAGUUGGAGAUAAGAGUCUUAGAAAACUCGUUAACAAACACCAUCGAAGGUGGAAAGAAAAAUAUCCUUCAGAGAAAUUUCCUCUAGAUUCAAAAAUAUUUGAAAGUAAUAUGUUGAAUUCAAUCAAACCUGGACCAAUUCCAGGUUUUGAUUCAGCAGAAUAUGGUUUAGUUGAAGAUAGAAGAUCAAUUUCAAGCUCUUCAACACAAAUUUCAAAUAACAAUAUUCGAUCGACUAUGGGUAACUACGCACAAGCAAGCCUUUCGGAGUUAGGACCACAUACUUCUCUUCUGGAUGAAGAUAAAACACAUGAGAAGAAAAAAAAGAAAAAACGAAAGCAUGAAAUGGAUUAUGAUGGAGAGAGAAAAAGAAAGCAUAAACACGAUAAAGAACAUAAAGAACAUAGAAAAAAUGAAAAGAAGCGAAAGAAA